AUGUCAACCACUACAGCUAGUUCCUCCUCGCUCUCUACAAAUCAUUCAUCUUCAACACCUUCUGCUUCGACUACCGCCACUACGGCACUUUCUUCUUCUGAAGUAUCUAUUGUCGACAGUACGUCGCAAAAUUCUACUCAGUCUUUGUUUCAAAAUACACAAGACUUAGACGAUGGGUUGUCUGAAGAGGUACCUUUGCACCAGAUAAUCUGGGAAAUAGUUGAGAGGUACUACACCACAUUUUACCUAGAACCCAAUCAACUACAUCGCUUUUAUAAAAAAGAAUCAACUGCCCUUCAUGGAUUUGAAGGGGUUAAUAGCGAAGUUUAUGAAGGUCAAGCCGGUAUCCGACAACUUAUUUCUAAUCAUAAUUUCAAAAAUAGUAAAGUUAUGAUUUCCAAUAUUGAUUUUCAAAAAAUUGGUGAUGUUGAUAUACUAGUUCAGAUAAUUGGUGAAUUUGCCAAGGCUAAUGAGCCAUCUCAAAAGUUUGUUCAGUCUUUUGUUUUAUCAUCAUAUGAGUCUCAAAAUAGCAGUUAUUUUAUCCGAAACGAUGUUCUCCGGUUUCUUAGAGAAGAUCUCCCUUCUGAGAUUGGUGAUUACGAUGAGUCUCCUGCAUCAACUGUUGUUGAUUCAGAAGCCGUUCAAUUAAAGGUCCCUGAACCAAGCUCUACUUCGAAUUCUAUUGAAACCUCAAAGGCUUUUGAAUCACCAAAUGGUCCAAUUUCUGCAGAAUUUUCUUCGGAUAAUGAUUUGAAGCAGAUCUCUCAUACUGUUGAUUCCUCAGUGACUACUUUGAUUGCAUCCAAAAGCGAACUUUUAAAUGAGUCUCAAGAAGUUAACUUGGACGAAACUACUCAAGAAACCGCUGAAACUUUUGAGCACCCCUCUUCUUCAGAGUCAUUUGUAGAGCUUAUCGAUGAUACUGAAAAACUAUCUUCUGAAAAGUCUGUUGAUAAAAGUGGUAAUGAAUCUACGGUAAUAUCUGCUGUUGCGCCUUUGGUAGAUGUUGGAAACGAAGUUAACUCAGACUCUGUUGUCUCUGAAUCUCAUAUUAAUCCUGAUUCCAUUGCGGCAUUUGAGCCUCCUUUAUCUAUUCCCACAGGUCCUGCUUCUACAUCAUCGUCUCAAGAGCCAAUCUCUACCUUUGAAAACAUGGAAUUAAAAGAAGACUCAGAUGAAAGAGUUUCUCUUAGUGCAUCUUCUAUACCCGCUACUUGGGCUUCAGUUGCUCGCACUCAUAUUGGAAACGGCACCCCUGCUCCUUCUAUUGUUUCUCAAAAAGCACCUCUUAUUUCACGGCCCCAACCAAAACCACAGCCAACAAUCUCGCCACGAGCUACUAACGGUAAUGUCAUUGGACCCAAGGAAUUCUUUUCUGUGUACAUUAAAAUGACUGAAAAUAUGGAUUUGACUGGUCUUCGAAAUGCCCUCGAACGAUUUGGUCAAGUCACUCAUUUUGAUCCUCAGAGAACUCGUGGUGCUGUGUUUGUGGACUUCAAGACUGAGGAGGAUAUGCUAAGAGCUCUUGAUGCAAAGGAAGUUGUGCAACAGCAACAACAAUAA